AGAUCUUUUGAACAAAAGCAAACUCUCGAGCAGAAUCCUCAGUAUUCAGUGAUUACCUUCACCUGCUGCUUUAACAUCCACUCGAGUUCUCUCUUUCUGCGAAACUCCUAAGGGACCAAACGUAAGGCGCCGCGUCAGCAAACCCACUCAAGGAGCCAAGAUGGUGUUUCCGGGUUCGUCGGGGGUGACCCUGGCGAUGGUGAUGGCGGAGUUCUUGGAGCAGGGACUCUCCACGCUGAGCAAAGCAGCUAUGACCCGAGGGAUGAGCAACUUCGUGUUCGUGGUUUACUCCAACUUCGUUGCCUUCUUCGUUCUCCUCCCGAGCUGCGUCUUCUUCUACCGGAAAAGGCCUCUUCCCAAGCUCACCCUCCCCGUAUUUUCUAAAAUCUUCCUGCUUGCGUUUCUCGGAUGCUGCUUGCAGCUAUCGCUGUAUGCCGGAAUUGCGUACAGCUCCCCGACUUUGGGCUCGGUGAUGACUGAUCUAACUCCUGCUUUCACAUUCAUUCUCGCCAUUUUCUCCAGGAUGGAGACGCUAGACUUGAGAGUUCAGAGUAGCUUGGCAAAGUUCACCGGGACGAUGGUAUCGAUCACAGGAGCACUCAUAGUGACUCUAUACAAAGGAUUUCCUAUUAUGAACACUUCCACAAGUACCACUCUACAGCUUGUCUCACCGUCGGAAAAAAGUUGGAUAAUAGGGGGAUUCCUCCUUGCUUGUUCUGCCUUCUUCCUCUCCCUUUUGAUCAUCGUCCAGACGUGGAUAAUCCGGGAUUACCCUUCGGAGCUGAUGAUGGCAUUUAUUGGCUGCAUCAUUGUCACAUUCGAAUCUGCAGGGGUGGCUUUGAUAGCUGAACGGGGCCGUCCAGGAGCCUGGACUCUGAAGCCUGACAUAGAGUUGAUAGCAGUUGUGUGCCAGGCAGUUUUGGGAGUUGGACUUCGGAACAUAAUCACAACAUGGGCCUGCAAAAUGAAAGGGCCAUUGUUUGUGUCUAUGUUUAAACCGAUAGGCAUGAUCGCCGCGAGCCUGAUGGGAGUCUCUUUACUGGGUGAUACACUUUACCUCGGAAGUGUGAUCGGAGGAAUCGUGAUAGUUCUCGGAUUCUAUUCUGUCCUCUGGGGGAAAGCCCAAGAAGACAAGCUUGAAGAAAAGUCCUCUCCACGGGAACCUCUUCUGCAGAAAAAACACUUUGAUAUAUAAAUCUUUAUGCUUUUUGACAGUUAAAUAACUUCACGAUUCGAUGUCGAAAAUCAGUAGGAAUCUCAUAGUAUGCAUUUUCCCAAAUACAAUAUGCAUGUAUGUAUUGGGCAUAUGAAUCUUCAUCUUGUUUGCUUCUUCUAA